UUCUCUGUUUCUCCCAAUGGCUAAGUUUCCUUCUUCUCGUUUAGUUCUCCUCCUCUUUGUCUCCUCUCUCAUCUUCUUCUUCGCUGCAACAGUUUCUUCAGCUUCUGAUGUUUCUUCAAACGAUGAAUCGGAAGAUCUGAUGAUCCGUCAAGUUGUGCCGAACGAAGAUGAUCUUCAGUUGGACGUCGAGAGCCACUUUAUUAGCUUCAAGAGGAGGUUCCGUAAGACUUACGCUACUCCGGAAGAACACGCUUACAGGUUGGGUGUCUUCAAUGCUAACUUGCGACGUGCGAGACGUCACCAGAAGAUUGAUCCUACCGCCGUCCACGGCAUCACUCAGUUCUCCGAUUUGACACCUAAGGAAUUCCGCCGGAAUCAUCUCGGCUUGAAGCGUCUCAGACUACCUUCUGAUGCUCAGAAGGCUCCCCUCCUCCCCACCAACGAUCUUCCCACCGACUUCGAUUGGAGAGACCAUGGUGCCGUUACUGCCGUUAAGAACCAGGGUUCUUGUGGAUCUUGUUGGUCUUUCAGCACCACCGGAGCCUUGGAAGGGGCUAAUUUUCUCGCUACGGGAAAUCUUGUUAGCCUCAGCGAGCAACAGCUUGUGGAUUGCGAUCAUGAGUGUGACCCAGAGGAAGCAGGUGCAUGUGACUCAGGCUGCAAUGGGGGGCUAAUGAACAGUGCUUUUGAAUAUACACUGAAAGCUGGAGGGCUUGUGCGAGAGGAAGAUUAUCCGUAUACUGGGACUGAUGGUACCUGCAAAUUUGACAAUACCAAGGUUGCUGCUAAAGUGGCUAACUUCAGUGUUGUCUCCCUUGACGAGGAUCAGAUUGCAGCAAAUCUUGUCAAAAAUGGUCCACUUGCAGUGGCGAUCAACGCAGUAUUCAUGCAGACUUACAUAGGGGGAGUUUCAUGCCCGUAUAUAUGCAUGAGGCGAUUGGAUCAUGGGGUGCUUCUGGUGGGUUAUGGUGCUGAAGGUUAUUCUCCCAUUCGCUUGAAGAACAAACCAUACUGGAUCAUAAAGAACUCUUGGGGUGAAAGCUGGGGAGAGAAUGGUUACUACAAAAUCUGUAGGGGUCGCAAUGUCUGUGGUGUGGACUCCAUGGUCUCAACUGUGGCCGCUGCCCAGAUCUCUCAAGAGUAGAUUCUUGAUUACAUAGUGGGUUUCCUGUACAGAAGAGUUAUCACGUAUAUUGUGACAUAAGCUUCAUAAGUUUAUCUUACUUUCAAAGCCCACGAACCUGUAUGUUAUAGGAAUUGUGCUUAUGAAGAAGUUUCCUAUGAAAUCUGUUAUUGUGUGGUCUGCACAAUGCUUCAAUGGAUUUAUUACCUUUUCUUGUCAUUA